AGAUGGGCCAAUCAGUGUAUUAAAUAUUAUGACGACUGUAGGAACAUAGAAAGAUUCGAAGUUAUCCAGUAUAUGGUCUGGAAAUCCUCUAUGAAUGAAAAUGAGUUCACUUUAGAAGACUUGUUGGAAACAUCGUAUAAUAAUUUAAUUGAACAGGGAAGAUGUAAUUUUUUCGCAUAUCCGGAUAUUGUACACAAAAUGGAAGAUUUGACUUAUGAUCUCUGGGCUAACAUGACGAAGGUCGGGUGCGGACGAAUAAAGUUUAAGGAACCAAACGGCUUGACUACGCAUCAUGCAGUUUGUAAUUUUGCUCAACGUAAUAUUUAGAAAAAAAAUGUAUAAAAUAACAU